CUGCCUUUUGGACGAAUUUAAAUCAAUAAAAAGAACGAUUUUCCUAAUGGGGCCAAUUUAUUGAUACAUUUAUAGACAGUUUUAGUUGUUACUUUAACUAAUGCCUAUCACAUUUAGCCGCGGAAAUGUAAGAAAGUUAGCAUUUCGCUCUAGAGGAAGAUCGGUACAAUCACUAGAUAUUGGCGGACCGCGAGUGGAUACACCGCAAAGUGGUGAUGAUCGUUUAUUUCUACAAAUUAAACCUGCAUUAGCAGACCCUAGGGCUGCCCAUCCUGCAAUACAACGAUCUAGUACAAUAUUAACAGGCAAUGAUUACAGUAAUAAAGGAGAUGGCAAAGACGAUGUACUUAAUUUGCAAGCUGUGGGCGAGGGUAAGGUGCAACUUUCUAGAACUCCACAGGAAAAAGACCGUUUACCUGAUAGAAUAAGUCUAGACAGACGUGGCUUAUCUUCAAUACCCAACAUAGUGGGAGAGCCAACACUACGUCUAUUGUCAUUACAACAUAAUUUAAUCAACAGUUUAUCAGGUCUUGUGCCGUUAGAGCUCGGCAAACUUGUGUUCCUUGACGUAUAUGACAAUCAAAUUGAUAAAAUAACUUCUCUAGAAAAGUUAUUUAGCUUACGAGUUUUAUUGAUGGGGAAGAACAGGAUAAAAAGAAUAGAAGGCUUGUCAAAUCUAGUCAAAUUAGAAGUCCUAGAUUUACAUGGAAACAGGAUCACUAAAGUUAGUGGACUAUCUAACUUGAAUGAGUUAAAAGUUCUCAAUUUGGCUGGGAAUCAAAUAAAAUGCGUUGGACAGAUCGAUCUUCAAGGGCUCGUGUCAUUAAGAGAACUCAAUUUAAAACGGAACAAAUUAAGAAAAUUGCUCGGUUUUCAAAAAGUUCCACAGUUACAGAAGUUAUUUCUCAGUAACAACGAUUUACUGAGUGUUGAGGAUGUAUCUUCACUAGCCGAAGCCAUGUCUCUCGUUGAAGUUACCUUGGAUGGUAAUCCAGUUGCAUUAGGCGGUGAUUGUACUCCAUUUCUAGUAUCAUAUUUACCUAAUUUAGUAACUUUAUCAAGCAUGCAUGUAACGGACCAGGUUCGAGCUGCAGCAAUGGCCUGGAGAAACAAUAAAGAAGCAGCUCAUGCCGCGUAUUGUGCUCUAGGUGGGUCAGCUCAACAGGCAGCUCGUCGGGAUCAAAUCAUUCACAACGCUCGUACCAAUUGGGAAUUACUCAGAUCUGAAAAUAAAUGCUUUAAUGCAGUAGCAUCAUUAGAAAAAAAUAUAGAAAAAGAAUAUGUCUUGGAGCAGUCAUCAAUAACAAUUACGCAGAACGAUAGUACACAAACAAUGGAUGCAACAUUAGCAGAGACUGCAGUUAAUUUGCAUCAAGAAACUGAAGAUUCUGAUUGUAAAAAUAAUAUAAGUGAUGCUAGUAUGAGAAACGUUAAAGAUGGGAAUAUUAAAAAGACACAAGUAAGAAAAUUUCAAAGAAGCUCCACUGCUCGUAAGGUUUCAGAAAAAAGGGUUAAUUUUUCAGAUCGAAGCGCUUCCCAAGAUACUGAUGUCUCACAUUCUACGUCUACAAGUAGUGAUGUAAAGUUUCCGCCCAUAUUAUUGCCAAUUAUAUCUUCUUUAGAAAAUGUGAAACUAUCUGAUGGUACAGAAUCAAUAUUAAAAAGAUGGGGUAGCGUUGAUCCUAUCAUAGAUUCAUCAUUCAGUUCCUUCCCUUCUUCAAGCAGUGACAGUGAAGAUGAAACUAAUAAGAAACCAUUAAAAAGAAUGCCAACAGUCUUAAGAAAUAGACAAAACUUCAGUUCAUCUCGUUCCAAGUCUGUUUGUGAUCCCGAAAGUCGAAAAGUUAAAGCUAAAAAUCAGGAUCAAGUUGAAAACACGAGUAAUAUAUCUUGUAGUACAAAUACGGGGUCAGUAAAUACAUCAUCGACAUCGGGAAGUGACCAAAACCAAAGGACAUUAAGACGAGACGGUUCACUAAAUAGCAGAAUGAAUAAUAGGAACGUGAGAAGUGCAACGAUAUCAAGACGAAGUGAGAGAGCAUCUUCGGGCCAUAGAGCUUCCACGGCUAGAGCCAAAUCCGGAAAGAGCUUGGCCAGUCUGAAAUCAUCGGAACCCGUACCAAAAUCUGUGCCACCAUCUAAAGACAGGGAACAAGGAGUGGAUUACCUGGUAGAAGUAAGCGAGGGUACAGUGAGCGCGUGGGGCGCAGGCGCAGUCCGGCGCCUGGCCCGCGACUGGGACUGGGAGCGCGCGCGCGCCGUCACCAGAGCCGCUUUCCACUACGUGCACUUCAAUGCUGUUGCUCAGUCCUUAUCCGAACUGAAAACCAGGUUUCCAAAUAUAACGCACAUAUCAGUCCGUGCUACUGGUCUACAAUACCUCGGGCAGUUACACGCUUUGGCUGAAUUGCGUGGAAUAACAGGUCUGACGAUAAUGCCGGAAGGUAAUCCGAUAUGCUCUAAAUAUUGGCGGGAAUAUUCCAUUUAUAGACUUGCUCAUUGGGGUCUGAAGGAAAUUAAUGAUGAAAAGGUGACAGACGAAGAACUUAAAUCUGCAAAUAGAACAUAUCAAGGUCUGAGUGAUAUAGUAUUGCGUGCCAUCCCUGACGCUCCGCUGCAGCCCUUGUUGUCGCGACUUGGACGUAACAGCAACAGCACUAGCAGCGCUAAAGCCUGGCUCAGAGCCGCUGAUCCCGCACUCAGAGAUGUCAUAGCUAAAGAAGCAUUACAGUUUAAAAAGGGUCAAGUAUCUCAGGAAGAUAUGAGCUGGCGCGUACGUGGACGUGGUCAAUUAUCGCACACUAUAGAGGUCGCUUGCGGCGCCGCCCAGCGCCUGCGCACUCUCGAACUCCAGUGGCCAACGAUUUUCGUAGAAAUGAUCGAAGACAUUCUCCAUGACUUUGUCGACAUGGAUAAUCACGUUAAGGAGCAAAUGCGAACACUUUCAGAUUCAUAG